GAAAUAUCAAACGUACUUGUUGUUACGUAUAUCUUUGAACGGUCGAUACUUCAUGAAGACUUGCUUGAAUAAAACUCAUUACAAAAAAAAUUUCUUCAGCCAGUAUUACGAGAUGAUGAAAAUAAGAAUGAAAUCUAAUUUUCAUCAUUACAACCACCAAUGGUGAAUAACUUGCUAUAAUUGUUAAGAAUCCGAUACAAAAAGAGAAACAUAGAAUAAUUUUCUAUAGAAUGACGUACAAGGAUAUUCGAAUAUGCCGCAGUAACAGCGAAUGGAAGUUCAUUUCCCGCCGUUGGGAAGAAUGGAAAAUCAAUAAUAGUUACCGGCUUUACCGACUUUGCAAUGACGAAGACCCUAAACGAUGCCUCUUCUCUUUCGUACUUAAGCGUCUUUCUCUUUCACACUUAUAGAAAGUUCACGAUCGCGGUUUUCCAUGUUUGUUGAACUACAGCGCCGCAUGUCCGCCAUUGGUCAACCGUGGCUGCUGUCGCCACCACCGCCGCCGCCAUUAUAGAUUCCGUUGUGUGUGACUGAGUCUCGUUCCACGGAGCUUUCCAGGGAAAAUUCUGUUUCUACUUGACGUUCAGGGUGAAAUUAAUAGGGAACGAACACGCAGAAGAUUUCGGGAAACGUCAAAAUGAAAACAUACAGUAGGAAAAAGGGUGACAGCCCGAGCAACGUAAUCAUUCAUGUAAACGAGUUGUGCCGACUGUGCUUGGCAAAGGAGGAGGAGAUGGUGCCGAUUUACGACGAUGAAACAAUCCCUUUAUCUCUACGAAUAAUGGCUUGCGUUAAUCUGGAGGUAUAUGAGGAAGACGGCCUUCCAAAUAUGAUUUGCCAUCCGUGCAAAUAUCAGUUGGAAAAAUCCUACCAAUUUAAGAAAAAAUGCGAAGCUGCUGAUGCUAAACUUCGUAAGCAUAUGAAAUUAAUACAACAAUUGACCGGUCAAAGUGAAGAAGGAGAAAAUCAAGACAGUAACAGAGAGGAAUUAAAAGAUUCUUCUAGUGGAAAAUCGAAACAAGUUAAACAGCUAUUAGCUGAUUUGGUAUCCACUAAAGGUGAUAGUGGACAAGCAGAUGGAGAUCCAAUUGAAGUAACAGAAGAGGAACUUGUUGGUGGUUAUAUUUUAGGAAUGAAUUCGGAAAAUUUAGAAAUGGAAGAAACAAUGUCAGAAGAUCCAGAAAAUAUCACAUUAGUACCUGCAGAGGAACGUGCUGCUAAAGCACGUUGCACAAUACGUACAACACGUAUUAAACAGGAACAAGAAUCUGAAGAUGAGGCAGAAGAAGUACAAAGAGCAAUUGCAAAUGCCGACCACAAAAAUGUUUAUAUGAUGGAGGUUACAAGUAAUAGUUCAGGACAAGGAGAAUCUUUAAAAUUACAACCACUUGGCGAUACUAUGGUUGAAACCAGUGAAGAGUUAAAAGUGUUUCAAUGUGAUAAAUGUCCAAAAGCAUUUACCCGAAGAAUAAUGUUGAAAAGCCAUCAAUCUGUUCACUCUACACAGAGAGGUUUUACAUGCCAGGCUUGCGAAAAAUGGUUCCCUACUAGGUCAGCUUUAGUGAGACACGAACGUACUCAUACAGGUGAAAAACCCUUUGGUUGUAAUAUUUGUCAUCGCGCUUUUGCACAGAAAGAAAUUUUACUUCGUCAUCUUAUGACUCACUCUGGUCAAAAACCAUUCCAAUGUCAACAUUGUGAUAAGAGCUUUACUCAACGAGAAGCAUUGAAAGUACACAUGAGGAGGCAUCAAAAAUUGGAUCCGAAUGAUAUUCAGUUACAUCAUUGUCAACUUUGUCCUAAAGCUUUUUGUCAUGCAUCUGGACUUAGUAGACAUUUAGUUACACAUACAGGCAGGACAUAUAAGUGCGUAGAAUGUGAAAAGUCUUUCACUGAUAAAAGCUCGCUAUUGAGGCACAGUCGUAUUCAUGCACCUAAAAAAAUAGUGACAAAUUGAAUUUAUUUUAAUAAUUGAGUAUCAUUUUCUUUACAAUAUCAGUCAACAUUAAAUUAAAAUUAUACAGAACAUUCUGCAGAAUUUUUUAAAUCAUAUAUAACAAUAGUUUUGUAUCUUAGUAUAAUUUAUAAAAUAUGUCAUAACUAAUGACAACUAUGCACUAAUCCGUACAAUUCUUAACGUGUAUCUAUUUAUGUUAAAUGUAUUUGGUUUAGUCUAUGCAAUAUUUCGUUAACAAUAUUAUUUUCACAUUAUUUUUAGAUAAUGCAUAAAAUUGCAUUAAAAAAUUUGUAA